CACCCACACCCACACCCCCACACCCACACCCACACACCCACGCCCCCCCCCACACCCACCCACACCCACACCCACACCCACACCCACCCACACCCACACCCACACCCUAAGAAAUUGUGUUGCUUAUACAGGUACUCAUGAUCAUCCAACGGUACUUGGCUGGUGGGCUAAACAUGCUUCCGAUAAUGAAAAGAAAACAUUUGUUACUUAUAUUCGAGCAUCUGAAGAACAAGCAGAAGAUGACAAUGAUGAUGAAGAAGCAUAUCAAAUUAUUAAAAUAGCCUAUCUGAAUAAAUGUAUUCAUUGGUAUGCCAUCGAGAUGGUUUUGGCAAGUGCUGCCAAUACGAUUACUAUUCAAUUUCAAGAUUUAUUAGGUCUAGAUGAUUCAACAAGAAUGAAUAAUCCAGCUUCGUUUAACAUGGCACAGUGUAUUCUUAAUCAAGUUUUACGCAUUGCAUCACUUGAAGGACAUACACGUUAUCAAGUAGUCGCCAAUCAACAAUAA